AUAGAUCUUUCAAAACCAAUUGUUGUACUUAUUCGAAAUGUAUUUCCUAAUCUGAUUACCAAAUGUAUGGCCAAACCUUUCUUGUGAAAUGAAACAAACCGACCAUCUGGCUGUCUCCACCCCUGGACUGGGGGCGGGUAUCUGCAGGCAGCUAUGUAUUAGUUACGAGCACCCAUUACCAAUCCUGAAUUUGGUCUGAUGACACAGCCAUCCUGUGCCAACCGAGCCAGAAUAGAUUCCUACACUGGUGUACAGCUGCACUGGGGUCAGACAGAUUUCCUGUUCAGAUUAAAACACGGCAGUGUCGAUGCAAGAAAGUAUGUCUUGAGAAAUGUGUUGUACUCCAAAUGGUCCCAUUAUCCCAACUGUUUCACCGAAAAAGAUCGAACAACUUCUUGUUUUUUUCGCCGUUUUUCAGUCUUCUCAUCCUUGUAUUGAGUGAUCGGGGGCACCGGGAUGGCGUUUUUGGAGAAGCAGUCCACGGGAAGGGUACUAUUGGAUGAUACGGUGGCCCUUACAGCACUGAUCGAGGCCAGCCAAAAUCUACAAUCUCACACGGAAUACAUCAUUCGAGUACAAAGGGGUGUUUGUACAGAAAACAGUUGGCAGGUCAUAAAGCGAUACAGCGACUUUGAUAUGCUGAAUAGCAGUUUGUUGGUCUCUGGCGUCAGCCUGCCUCUACCACCUAAGAAGUUGCUAGGUAACAUGGACAGGGAGUUCAUAGCAGAGAGACAGAGAGGACUACAGGUCUACUUAGACUUUAUUACUCAGCAUCACAUCCUAGCCACCUGCCAACUGGUCAAGAAGUUCCUCGACACCAACAACUACUCUGCCAACUACACAGAAAUCGCCUUACAGCAGGUAUCCAUGUUCUUCAGGUCGGAUCCUAAGUGGGAAGUGGUGGAGCCUCUGAAAGACAUUGGGUGGAGGAUACGGAAGAAAUAUUUCCUAAUCAAAAACAAAGAACAACCCAAGGAACGUCAAGUGUUGAGUUGGGUGGACUUGGGUCCAGAUAAAUUCCUGUCAGACAAAGACCUUCAGUCGACCAUGAAGCUCCUACCCAGCCUCACUAAUCCGUACAUCUACCCGGUGACAUUUGCCAACACCAGUGAGUUGUCUGCUCUGGUCAUCAGGAUGUUUCAUGAAAAAGGCACUCUGAGGGAUCUCAUAUGUAAGGUGAAGCCUAAAGAGGCCUUUAUGAGGAAGUACUGCAGCCCCAAGAAGAUCCAGGGACUGGAGCUGCAGCAGAUCAGAACGUACGGACGACAGAUUCUGGAGGUUCUGAGGUUCCUCCAUGACAAAGGUUUUCCGUACGGUCACCUCCAUGCCUCUAACAUAGUGGUAGAAGACAACACGUGUAAAGUACUGGACAUAGAGAACAGCCUCCUGGGCCUGCCCUCGUACUACCGGCCCUACAUCACACAGUUCAGGAAAAUCAACACGACAGAGAGUAUAGACGUAUACUCGUUUGGACACUUACUGUAUGAAAUGACGUACGGAAGACCUCCUGAUGCUGUGCCUGUCUACCAGUACCCUGCUGUGACUUACACCUCAGUGGUGUCUGUGCUGCAAUCCAUCCUGUCCACAGAUGCCUGUAAGACUGGGAUGCCCACUGUUGCACAACUGCUGCAGACACCGCUGUUCAGCGAUGUGCUGCUGUUUCACUCAGAGAAACUCCAGUUCAAGAUCCCCACCAAAUUAAGAGACGCCUUGAAAACCGCCAAAGAGUGCAUGGAAAAGCGACUCCAAGAAGAGCAGAAAACGAACCAGCAGCACAGGAGGCUGACCAGAGCUCAGUCCCACCACGGCUCAGAGGAGGAGAAGAGGAGGAGGAAGAUACUGGCUAGAAAGAAGUCCAGACAGUCAGCCUAUGAGAACGAGGAGGAUCUCUCUGUGAAGUACAACAACAACUCUGGUUCAGGAGCCAGCUCCCCACCGACCUCUCCCUCCUCCCCCACCCCUCCUCACACUACAGGAGUUGCACCACCUCCUCCUCCUCCUCUACCUCCUCCAAGUGAUAACCCUGGCCAGUCCCACGCCCCUCCGCAUCCUCCUCUCCCUGGGCCAGGUCCUCCUCCUGCCAACGGUAUAGGGCGUGGUGCCCUCCUCAGCUCCAUCACGUCAUUCAGUAUAGGCAAACUGAAGAAAGCAGUGACCAUCGACCGCAGCAUCCAACACUCUGAAGAGGACCGCUCUUCCUUCUCGUCCUGACCCUGUGGCCCCAGUCACCCCUAAAGGUUACCUGUCGUCCUGACCCUGUGGCCCCAGUCACCCCUAAAGGUUACCUGUCGUCCUGACCCUGUGGCCCCAGUCACCCCUAAAGGUUACCUGUCGUCCUGACCCUGUGGCCCCAGUCACCCCUAAAGGUUACCUGUCGUCCUGACCCUGUGGCCCCAGUCACCCCUAAAGGUUACCUGUCGUCCUGACCCUGUGGCCCCAGUCACCCCUAAAGGUUACCUGUCGUCCUGACCCUGUGGCCCCAGUCACCCCUAAAGGUUACCUGUCGUCCUGACCCUGUGGCCCCAGUCACCCCUAAAGAUUAUCUGUCGUCCUGACCCUGUGGCCCCAGUCACCCCUAAAGGUUACCUGUCGUCCUGCUCAAUCAUAUUUUUGCUCUUUGUUUUUUUUUGCUUCUAAAUUUAGUUCCCGUCCGAUGAGUUGACCCCCAGCCCCGCCCCUUAAGGUUUGAGGUAGGGGACGGGGCAUCAACUCCUUUCCAAUAUGGCCGCCUCGUUGGUUCUCCCUUUAGCACAAAAAGGACUGGUCAGUGGACUGUACAGGUGGCUUAAAGAUGAGGUGGCAUCAGCCUGGUGUCUAUCUGGAAGACUGCAGUGAAUGACUUUAUGAUUUCAGUGGAACGUCUUUCUUCUUAUUUACAGCGAAGUGACUUGAAUGAAACGUACAAGCAACUGUGAGGGAAGUGAUUCAGAAAGCAAACACAUGAACCACAGGUGUUUUAGAGGGACUGGGACUCUGACCUGACAUCCAACAGCCGUGUCAUCACCGUGAGACGACUAUGAAAGAACUGUCUGUGUCAUCACAGUGAAACGACUAUGAAAGAACUGUCUGUGUCAUCACCGUGAGACGACUAUGAAAGAACGGUCUGUGUCAUCACAGUGAGACGACUAUGAAAGAACUGUCUGUGUCAUCACAGUGAGACGACUAUGAAAGAACUGUCUGUGUCAUCACAGUGAGACGACUAUGAAAGAACUGUCUGUGUCAUCACAGUGAGACGACUAUGAAAGAACUGUCUGUCAUCAUCACAGUGAGACGACUAUGAAAGAACUGUCUGUGUCAUCACAGUGAGACGACUAUGAAAGAACUGUCUGUGUCAUCACAGUGAGACGACUGAAAGAACUGUCUGUGUCAUCACAGUGAGACGACUAUGAAAGAACUGUCUGUCAUCAUCACAGUGAGACGACUAUGAAAGAACUGUCAUCACAGUGAGACGACUAUGAAAGAACUGUCUGUCAUCACAGUGAGACGACUAUGAAAGAACUGUCUGUCAUCAUCACAGUGAGACGACUAUGAAAGAAUUGUCUGUGUCAUCACAGUGAGACGACUAUGAAAGAACUGUCUGUGUCAUCACAGUGAGACGACUAUGAAAGAACUGUCUGUGUCAUCACUGUGAGACGACUAUGAAAGGACUGUCGGUCUGUUAUGUUUAUUGUAUCUAUUUUUUUUUAGCUUUUUGUUUUCUUCGAAUGAAUGGAAGGAGAUGUGAUGCUGUUGGACUGUCUGUGUUGCUUAUAUCUAUGUGCCACAUUCAUCUCUGUGCCUGCGUCAAUAUAUGGCCUUGUGUCCCAAAUGGCAUCCCAUUUCCUAUACAGUGCACUACUUUAGUAGUAGUCUGCUAUAUAGGGGAUAGGGUGCCAUUUUCAAAUGCACAGAUAAGAUACAAAUAAAUCUAUGGACGCUGCAAGGAUUAAAACCUCAGUUUACCCAUGGUCGCUUGUUUAGUAAACGAGAACCACCAGAAAUCUGUCAUCAUUCAGUAUGCAAAAUAAUUAACCCAAAUGAUGACAUGCUGUACUUACUGGUAUUAAUCAGUAACAGUAUACAAAUUAAGAUUCAAAUACCUUUUUUAAAAGAUUGUUUUGCUUUUUCCUCUCCAAAAUAGCAGUGUAAAGAUGUUGAAGGAUCAACUAUUUCUCUGCUGCACUUGACCGAGGGGGAGGGCUUUUCUCUACGAUCCAGGGUUGACACACAACUAUGAGCGGUUUACUGGGAGAAUGUAUCUAAAAAUCGAUUCUGGUGUUUACAAGAAAUUAAUCCUAAUCCCUGAAAUGAGUUAACUUGCUAAUCUGUUAUUGAUCAUCAUAAUCUGUACCUCUGCUACAUCCCAACCACUGUCAGAGGAACUGAAGGAACAGUACAUCCUCAAUCUGUCUGAAAAGCAAAGUUACAAUCUGCAUAACUGUCUGAAAUGCUUUGUCUUGUCAACAUUACAAGAUUAACCUGUUUUGUAGAUUGAUACAUUGGCACAUUCAGGACUAUUACUAAUUGGCUGCAUUUGCACAGGUAGCCCAAUUCUUAUCUUUUGCCAAUAAUUGGUCUUUUGGCCAAUCAUAUCAUUUGCCAAUAAUUGGGCAACAGAUAAGAACUGGGCUGCCCGUGUAAACGCAACCAUCGAGUUUCAUUAUCUCUGCUUAUUGUUACCUUCUUUUUACAUCACUAACAGAGUGGUGUGUCCUUGUAUGUAACAAUACCCAGAAUACAUUUCCCCUCAUUAUGUAAUUUUAUCCAAUCUCUCACCUCUCUCUCUCUUUUCCAGUUCAGGGGGUCGUCUAAGCGAGGCUUCAGUAUGACAUUGUGUUUAUUUGGCAGCCGUUUCUCCUAUAAGAAUGCUCCAUGCUGCAUAGUUUAUGUAAUUAAUAAUGCUGUUAGUUUAUAAUUAAGUCUUUCUAUCAUCGCUGCCUGCCAACCUUUCUGAUUUGCACUGCUGAGUAUGGAGUUUUCAAGUAAAUACUAUACCACCUUUUGGCAGUAUGAAUUAACAACUCGGUGACAGGAAAACAAAAAUAUUUUAUGAUUGAAGAUGACUGCACUUUAAGAUGAAGUUACUAACAUUUUCCAAACCCUUUUUUUGGGUUUGGGUGGUGGGGGUUGUAUGAAACCAUAUAUUGUCCGUCUGCUGCAUUAAAACAUUAAAAUUUAUAACUGUUUGGGGUUUGUAUGUUUCACCCUGCACAGCUGUGUCGGAAAAAGAAAAGAAAAAUACAAUGUUAUCUACAUUGUCGUAUUAUACUUAUUUUAUUAAAAUCAUGGACUGAAA